UGCCUUAAGCCUCUAAUACUCGCAGCUCUAUCCUUCCAUGGCUUCUAUUUGCCACUCGCUCUCAUUUCCUUCACUGUCCAAACCAACGUCGUUUCUCACGCCGAAAUCCCUAACACAAGUCCAUUUUCCUCGUUCCAUUUCCACAGCUCGGCCCUGCAAAACCCGGCCCACUGACUCACCUUCCUCCGCCACCACGGCAGGUGUCCAAGAUGACCCCAAAACGAACUCUCUGCCCAUGUCCGUCGAUAAUCUUCACCGCUUCUUCGACCUCAAUAUAGGCAAAUGGCACGGCUCUUUCCACCAAUUUGAUGCCAGUGGGAAAUUGAUGCAAAAAGUGAGCACGAGGCUUUCCGUUAGCAGUUAUGGAGAAGAUGAACUCAUUAGUCUCAUUCAAACGCUAUAUAUAAAACAACCACCAACAAGCACUUCAAUCUCUGGAUAUGAUGAGGAGCCAGAAUGGGCAGAAUAUAAAAUAAAGGAAACCAACAUGUUCACUGUGGAUAAAUAUCAACAGAUUGUCUUUUUCCCCGAUGAGAGGGCUUUUGCCCUAAGGUACCAAACAGCUGGCAUGUUAGAAACUGUGUUAAGGCAAGGAGUUCUCGGGGAAGAUGACACUGGAGAAGAAUCACCUAGGAAUCUUAAGCUUCCUUCUCGGCUGCCUUCUAUUGUAUGUGAGAACUGCCUAUAUUCACAAGAGAAAGAUAGGCGAGCAAGAGCUUUUCAUAUCAUGGAUCCAAAAGGCGUUUUAGAAAUGCUCCUUAUCUUCCUUGAGGACAGAGGAGAUGGGGUCCUAUCUCAUCCUUCACUUGACAGUAUCACUCGUGAUGCAAAUAGGAUCCUACCAUUUCUUGGUCGAUGGAAAGGCCAUUCUAUAACCAAACGCAGUGGUGUUUAUGGAUCAACAAUUGCUGAAGCUGAUACAGUAGCUCUGCUUGAAAUGGAUGAUAUGGGUCAGCUGAUCCAGGAUAUUACUUCAACAUCUGAUCAACGUGAUGUUACAACUAAUGUGCACUGGACGGGUAACAUAGCCGACAACUUGAUUACCUUUGAUGGAGGAUAUCAGAUAACAUUAUUACCUGGAGGCAUGUACAUGGGAUGUCCUACUGACAUUGCAAAAAGUGUUGCAGAAUCCAAGUCAUUCCAUCUAGAGUUUUGUUGGCUUGAGGCUCCUGGCAAGAGACAAAGACUGGUUAGAACUUACGAUGUAGAAGGCUUGGCUGUCUCAUCAACUUAUUUUUCUGAAACUAAACUGUGAGUUCCCUCUUUCUGCUUCAUUGUGAAAGCACUUUUUAGGUUUAAUUAGAAGUUCAUGUUUCUGUGCCAAAUUGGUGUUUAAAAUUACUUGCAGCAGCGUAGCUGCAUGGUCAUUUCAUGAUUUUCUUUAAAUACAGAAUAGAGCAAAGAAAAACCAGAGAUCAUGAUCUAUACUGAUCAGGUUCAUGCUGUGCUGAUGGAACCAAUAUCUUGUUGAAUGAAUUUAUUUCUUUAAUCAACA